UUACUGAAACUGUUGUUAGUUGUGAGUCAUGAGGAAGGAUGUGCUUAGCAAUUCGGAGUGCUUUUAACCGUACACAUGCGCAUUGUGUAAUAUGUCAGUGAGUUUUGUAAUGCUCAGGGCCCAGUGGAGUUUCAUUUUUACCAGAGCAGUUAGGGAUGGGCAAUAAAUGCCAGCCCUGCCAUCAAAGCCCGCAUCCCAUGAAUGAAUAAGAAGAAGGUAAUUGUGGCAUUCAAUAGGAGGAGGCAGAGCAUCUGCUUCGAGCACUAUCAGUAUCUCUCAGAAUUGUCAAGUGCUGUUCUGUCCUUCUGAAAUCAUCUGUUGACUCAGUUCGACUGAAAAACCUAAGUCAAACCCCAAGUGAAAGGCACAGCCAAGGUUGAAAAAGCAGGGAAAAGAACACCAGAUGAAGUCUCCGUGAAACUGUGUUUGGACAGGAGGAUUUUCUGCUGCUGACCAGGACUGAAGCUUCAAGAAGGAACUCUCCAUUUUUCUUAAAGAAUAAAUUGGCUGCUGCAUUUUGACUGUGUGGUAUGUGAAUGAGAGUCUACUCAGCACCAGAUGGCUCGCUUCUUCAGACGGCUUGCAGACUUCAAGAAGAACAAGAAUCCGAACCCCAGCCCCAGGCCGAAUCCUUGCUGCAGCCCCCAGACAAAUGACAGGACAAAAAGCCCAUGUGGGGACCAAAGAUCCAGCAACACCUGCUCACUCCCUGUUGCCGCCCUCUCAUCACGUAAACUCGACAGCAGUGCCCGCUGGAGUAAAGAGUACGACGUGUGUGUCUGUCACACUGAGGACGAUAUAACCUAUGUUCAGGACCUGGUGUCUUUCCUGGAAACACACAGUUUGCGCUGCUUUCUGCAGCUCAGGGACUCAACCCCUGGGGGCGCUAUUUGCACUGAGCUCUGUCGAGCCGUCAGGGACAGCCAUUGCUGGGUGUUGGUUAUCACGCCCAGCUUUCUCAAGGACCCUUGGUGCUGUUACCAGAUGCAGCAGGCACUGUCUGAAUCGCCUACAGCCAAUGGACGAGUCAUUCCUGUCCGCAAGCAACUGGAACGGAAGGAUUACCCGCAGGAGCUUCGCUUCAUGUUUGGUAUUGACGUCAGGCAGGACAGAGAGAACGGAUUCCAAAGGAUCAAGUGCGCCAUAUUGUAUUAUCUCAACGAGCUCUGUAGGAAGGAGCAAGAGCAGAGGGAGAGUGCACAGGGAAUCCCAGAGUACAAAGUGGUUGAGAGCACCGCAACAGUAGACACGAGUGACAAUUGCUGAGCGAGUGAAGGUCAAUACACAUUGAGAUCUACCAACGAGGAGAUGGGAUAGUAUAAAAUGGACGCGUUCGCAACUCUUCUAACAUUUAGGAACAAACUUGAAAACUGUGUUUAUUAAUGUUACAAUCUGUGUAACUCUGUUUCUGAACUUAUGUUUGUACAUGUGUAGUUUGUGUGGUCUGUGUGUGUUAACAAUGUGUGGUCUCCUCUUUUCCUUUCCCUGUGAUGGGGAUCUAUCUCGGCCUAGGGACAAUCAGAUGAAAACAGACAUAAAACUGGCACCAACGGAUGCUUGUACUUGGUCUGACUCCUGAGUUUAGGCACCUGAACACACACUCUGGCUGGUGUUGAUUCCCAGCUGAUGUUACUACUGGACAAGCCUGAUCUCAGGGUGGAACCCAGCUUGAUAGAUCCUAACUUUUAUUUGUUUGUUUAGAUACGUGGAUAGGGGCUACUGAACAGAAUCACAGGAGUCAGCUGAUGAACUUUUAACAAAAACAUAAAAUAUACAUUAAACAAGAAAAGAUGAAUUAUAUUACUUACUCCUUUACCACAGCUACACCUUUACAGAUAUUUAUAGAUUUGUAAGGAUAAUACAAGUUACAAAAGCUAUCUAAUACUCUAAUGUUCACAGUGAGUAAACCAAUAGAUGACCUGUGGUCAGACACACCACACUCUGAAACCAAGUGACAGAUGCCACCCAGACACUUGUCACACCAUGAGCCAACCAAUCUCACUGCCCUCAGUCUUUCACUCAAAGGUUCCAAUCUCCACUCUCCAGGAACUCGCCUUGGAAUCUUCUCCCAAACCAACGCUUUCUCUCAGAUGCCUUCCGCAAGGGUUCACCUCCAGGGUUUCGAACUCUCCUUCCAAUGUUCCUCUUCCCUGGGUCACCGCAUGCAUUCAAACCUUCCUCCACGUACUUUCUUUCACUGACUCAACAGUACACAGUGCUUUAUCUUUUGCCCCACCCCCCCCAACUUGAGUUCAUCCAAAACUCUGCUGUCUGUUUCCUAACCCACAACCAACUCCUGUUCACCAUCACCUUUGUACGUCUUUGACCUUCAUUGGCUCCCCAUUCAGAUUCCUUGUUUUUAAUCCUUCCAUGAUCUCAACGCCCCCUAUCUCUGUAACCCCUUCCAGCCCAACAACCAACUGAGAUCUCUGCACUACUUCAAUUCUGUCCUGUUGCUCAUCCCUGAUUUUCUUUGCCUCACCAUUGGUAACUGUGCCUUCAGUUGUCUGAGCCCUAAGCUCUCAAUCCCUUCUUAUCAUCUUCAUCUGUAACAUGAUUCUUUGACUGAGCUUUUGGUCGCUUGUCCCUUAUAUCUCUCUAUCCAGCUCAGUGUCAAAUUUUGUUUGAUGGCGCUGCACCUUAGAACGUUUACUGUCUUAAAGGUGCUAUAUAAGUACACAUUAUAUCAUGUUGUUAGUCUUAUCUUAAUGUUUGAUUUACGAACAAAAUAAAAUUAUGUUGGAGGUGA